ACAUAGUGGCCCGUGGCUGCCGGCCGGAAGGACUCUCGCGGCUUCCUGAGCUGAUUACUGAGAAGCUGCCACCAGGGCUGGGACUUUGGCCGCAGGGCGCGGGGCGGCGGGCGCCACCUUGGCCGCUGCGCAGCGCGCAGGCCCCGCGGUCCCCAGGCGCGCGGUUCGGUCCCCAACGAGCCGGUCCUCCAUUCGCACAUCACCCACCGACGUCUGGCCGCUCCUUCCUGCCGCCCCCUGUGCAGCUGCGACUUCCCGGAGGCGCCGCCGUCCCAAGUCCCGGGAAGGGCCCAGGCGGUCCCCGGAGGAUGGCCCCCGCGAGCCCGCCGCCGCAGCCAUGCAUGACUGUAGUCUGAUUUUGGAAUGCAGCCGCCAACCUGGAGUCUUGGCACCCAACUCGGUCUAGGAGUAGCAUUCUUUAAAAGGAACAGCUUGGGACUGGAUCCUGUCUCCACUAUUACUCUCCUCAGGUUUCCAUCGUGGGUUCUUGAUGGACUUGAUUUUCUUCUGCUGGCAACUCCUGGGCAGGAGACAUGGCUCUGGUCGGAUGGGGGCUGAGAAGACAGAACUUCCAUCCGUUGAGGAGGAGGAGAGCGUUGUUGCUGAAACUCACAGUUGUCAUUAUCUCCGUGCUUCUCUUUUGUGAAUAUUUCAUCUAUUACCUGGUCCUCUUUCGGUGCCAUUGGCCUGAGGUGAAGACGCUAGCCCAUGGCGGUAGGCAGGAGCCUGUAGUGAAAGCCAUGUUUCUGGCUGACACUCACUUACUUGGGGAGAUAAGAGGUCACUGGCUGGACAAAUUACGAAGGGAGUGGCAAAUGGAGAGAGCUUUUCAGACAGCUCUGUGGUUGCUGCAACCGGAAGUUGUUUUCAUUUUGGGAGACAUCUUUGAUGAAGGGAAGUGGAGCUCCGCCCAGGCCUGGGCGGAUGACGUGCAGAGGUUUCAGAGAAUGUUCAGACAUGGCAGCCAUGUGCAGCUAAAGGUGGUCAUUGGCAAUCAUGACGUUGGCUUCCACUACCAGAUGAGUAAAUACAGAAUAAAGCGAUUUGAGAAAGUGUUCGGCUCUGAAAAGCUGUUCUCUCUGAAAGGAGUUAAUUUUGUCAUGGUCAACAGCGUUGCAAUGGAAGGGGAUGGUUGUACCAUAUGCUCUGAAGAGGAAGCUGAACUCAGAGAGAUCUCUCGUAAAUUGAAUUGCUCCCAAGAGGUGCAGGGAUCCAGCCAGUGUGACCAUGAGCCACGGCUCCCCUUGUCCGCCCCUGUGUUGCUGCAGCACUACCCACUCUACCGGGCCAGCGAUGCUAAUUGUUCUGGUGAAGAUGCAGCUCCUCCAGAGGAAAAAAACGUCCCCUUUGAGGAGAAAUACGAUGUUCUUUCUCGGGAGGCCUCACAAAAGUUGUUGUGGUGGCUCAGGCCUCGUCUGGUUCUGAGUGGCCACACGCACAAUGCCUGUGAGGUGCUCCAUCCCGGAGGAGCCCCCGAGGUGAGCGUCCCAUCCUUCAGUUGGAGGAACAGAAACAACCCAAGCUUCAUCAUGGGCAGCCUGACAUCCAGAGAUUACGCUCUCUCCAAGUGCUACCUCCCGUUUGAGGACACAGUGCUGACCAUGUACGGCGCAGCGGCUGGCUUCCUCACAAUUCUCAUCUUAGUUCACUUUGAGCAUCUGCCGUCAUCUUUUCUGUUUGGUUGGAAACUGUGCAGGUUGCACAUGAGAAGAUGAAGGGCCAGUGAUUGUUGCCUAUGGUCAUAUAAAUUUAAGCCAAAGACUUCCAGCGGGGUCUUUGAGGAGCAGAGGUGGAGUCCAGCAAGUGCCAGUUUGUUUCUAAGGAAACAGUUGUCCACUCAUUAGCAGACUUGAGUCUGUGAGUCACGGAGGAGGGCAAAUGUUGGUUGUUCCUAUGUACAUCAUGGAGAUUCUGAAUUGCCAAUGCCAGUGACUGCAGUAUAAACGGUUGACUGUAUUGUUCUCAUGCUAUAAAAAAAUGGGAUGUGUACUCUGCAACAAAUUUAUCUUUUCAUUUCAUGAAAUAUAUGUAUAAUUAAGGGUUCCACCUGUAUAGAAUAUAAAUGUCAUGGACACUGUCACUCGCAUGCGUGACACACAGCCCUUUCUUCUAUAGGAAGGACCCAGCAGCUUUGGUGCACACUCAAAGCUAUGUGUGCUCCUAAAGGUUGGGUUUUCACUGUUCUUCUAUGAAGUGGCUCUCAGUUUCUUAUAGAUCAUGAAGUUAUAUGCUCAAAAGUACAGAUUCAAUGUGUGGGACUAUCUGUGCUAAUGGAGUUGGAUUUUUAGGGGACAUGUAAUUUUCUUUCCAGGAGACCAUGUUAUCGCAUCUGAACUCAAUGCCUGUUCAUGAUUAAAACUUGAAAAAAAAAA